CCAAUCAUAAUCAUAAUCAUCCACAAAAUGGGCCUAACCGACGACCAGAAAAACGCCAUGAAAGAAGCCUUCACUCUCUUCGACACCGACGGCGACGGCAAGAUUGCUCCGACGGAGCUCGGGGUAUUAAUGAGAUCACUGGGUGGAAACCCCACCCAAGCUCAACUCAAAGACAUCGUGGCUCAAGAGAAGUUGACGUCGCCGUUUGAUUUCAAACGCUUUCUGGAACUGAUGGAGAAGCACUUGAAGACGGAGCCGUUCGAUCAGCAGCUGCGCGAUGCGUUCAAGGUGCUGGAUAAGGACGGAAGCGGCUUCGUCUUGGUGUCGGAUCUUAAACAUAUAUUGACCAGCAUCGGCGAGAAGCUGGAGCCGGCGGAGUUCGAUGAUUGGAUCAAGGGAGUGGAUGUUGGCGCCGACGGCAAACUCAAAUACGAUGAUUUUAUUGCCAGGAUGGUUGCUAAGUGACAUCAAACCUCUUUCAUUUUUCUUCUUCGUUUCCUUCAAGAAA